AUGCGGAAACUUUCAAUUCAAAGUAGAAAGUACUUAAUGCCGUACCAUAGAUCACAAGAGCUACAGAGCAAAUUGCUGGAGAAACCCAGCUCACUGCAUGCUUCCGAUGAUAAUUCAGAGCCCUGUGCACAUCCCGGAUUGCCUCACCGGCGCCCACAGCAGCAGCACCCGGAACGCCAGAGCAAACCCCCAGUGGGCGCCCGCGAUCGCCGAGGUUCCCUAAUGCCUUUCAAUGACAUUCCAGAAUUAACUCCUGAAUUCCAGGUUGUGCAUUUCCUCUUUCUCUUUCUCAUUUACAUGUUUAGCAUCAGGAACUUGACCAUCAUCAUGCUCACCCUGCUGGACUCCCACCUCCAAACCCCCAUGUAUUUCUUCCUUCGGAAUUUCUCCAUCGUAGAAGUUCUCUUCACAUCUGUUUUUACUCCCAGGCUCCUACAUAGUAUCUCAACAGGAAACAAAAUCAUUAGCUUUGUGGGAUGCUUCACUCAGUAUUUUUUUGCCAUAUUUCUGGGGGCCACCGAGUUUUACCUUCUGGCUGCCAUGUCCUAUGAUCGCUAUAUUGCCAUCUGCAAACCCCUACAUUAUACAACCAUCAUGAGCAGCAGAGUAUGUGUCCUGCUCAUUCUCUGCUCUUGGUUGGCUGGGUUCUUAAUUUCUCUAACAGCAAUUAUCAUGGCAAAACACCAAGACUUCUGUUCAAACAAUGUCAUAAACCAUUAUUACUGUGAUACUGCUCCCAUUAUUAAGCUCUCUUGCUCAGACACAGCACUUAUAGAGCUGGUUGACUCUGUCGUGGCAGUGCUAACACUUGUAAUAACCCUGGUGCUUGUGAUGCACUCUUAUAUUAACAUCAUUAGAACAAUUCUCAGAUUUCCUUCUGUUCAACAAAGGAAGAAAGCUUUUUCCACCUGUUCCUCCCACAUGAUUGUCAUCUCCCUCUCUUAUGGAAGCUGCAUCUUCAUGUACAUCAAGCCUUCAGCAAAGGAUGAUAUAUCCUUCAACAAGGGAGUGGCUGUGCUCAAUACUUCAGUAAGCCCUCUGAUGAAUCCCUUCAUUUACACCCUAAGAAACAAGCAGGUGAUACAAGCCUUCAAGGACUUGGUCCAAAAGAUUAGGGGUCAUUGA